AUGAUAAAUAUGGUUGAUUGUUUAGACUUGCAAGAUGAGUCUCAAUGUGUAAGGUCUCUUGAUCCUUCACUGAAAGAACAAGAAUUGCAAAACCAAGCUUCAGGCUCAAAUGGAUUACCAAUACAAGAACAAAAUCCUGCCGAGGCAGCUGUAGCGCAACUACUGUCUGGACUAAGUAAACCUGCUGUUGAUUCUUCAGUGGGAAGUGAUGAAAAACAUAGUAGCUAUGUGGUAGGUUCCAAUGCAUCGGAGCCUCUUUGUAAUGGAGAUGAUUUUAGCUGUCAGUUCAUCCCAGAAUGUAUCCCGUUAUGGGAAAGAUGUGAUGGGACUCCCCAGUGUCGCGACCAAUCAGACGAGCACAGUUGUUCAUGCCUUGACAGACUUCGCAGUGUAAAACCUGGUCUAGAAAACGAUGGGUAUUACGAUUGCUUCGAUGGAAGCGACGAAUUUGUCAAAUUAUGCCAAGGCUUCAUGUGUGAAACGAGCAGGCAGUGGGUAGCCAUGGAAAGCAUUGGCAUUGUGUCUGGGUUCGCCCCCCUACGUGAGUGGGUUGCUGGACCUGUCAGAGCAGCGGAGUCCAUUGGAGUUGAUGCGUAA